GGCGGGCCCGCCAGUUGGGCGCGGAGUUAGCCGGAGCUGGGUGUGAGCGGAGGCCGGGACCGGCACCGCCAGCGGAGUCAGGACCGGUCGUGGUCGUCGCCGAAGAGGAGAGGAGGGCGAGAAAGAGAGCAUCGACCUCCCCCUCCUCAGGAGGCCCUGCGGGAUUCAGGUGCAACUGGAGCCGGUCGGUGCGCAUGGGCGGCAGCCGCAGCCGGGGCAGGGAUGGUUGGCUAUGACCCCGACGCGGAGGACAGGAAUAACUCCAAAUUGGAAGUGGCGGCGGCCGGCUCCUUGUCUGGCCUCAUCACCCGCGCCCUGGUCAGCCCUCUGGAUGUCAUCAAGAUCCGCUUCCAGCUCCAGAUUGAGAGCCUGUCCCCCCGGGACCCCCAGGCCAAGUACUAUGGGAUCGUGCAGGCCAUACGCCAGAUGCUGCAGGAGGAAGGGCCGGCCGCCUUCUGGAAGGGCCACAUUCCGGCCCAGCUGCUCUCCAUCAGCUAUGGGGCGGUCCAGUUUGUGACCUUCGAGAGGCUGACCGAGCUGGCCCACCAAACGACCUCUUUCGACGCCCGGGAUUUCUCGGUGCACUUCGUGUGUGGCGGCCUGGCGGCCUGCACCGCCACCUUGACCGUGCAGCCCCUGGACACCCUCCGCACCCGCUUUGCCGCCCAGGGAGAGCCCAAGAUCUACCAGAACCUCCGCCAGGCCGUGGGGUCCAUGUACUGGAAGGAGGGACCGCUGGCCUUCUAUCGGGGCCUGGUCCCCACCCUGCUCGCUGUCUUCCCCUACGCCGGCUUCCAGUUCUCCUUCUACCGCGCCCUGCAGCAGGUCUACGAGUGGGCCGUGCCCGUGGAUGGAAAGAGGAACGGAAACCUCAAAAACUUGCUUUGCGGGAGCGGAGCCGGAGUCCUCAGCAAGACCUUCACCUACCCCCUCGAUCUCUUCAAGAAACGGCUACAAGUGGGCGGCUUUGAGCAGGCCCGGGCCACCUUUGGACAGGUUCGGACGUACACGGGCUUCCUGGACUGCGCUCGGCGGGUGGUGCAAGAGGAGGGCCCGCGCGGCUUCUUCAAGGGCCUGGCUCCCAGCCUGCUCAAGGCGGCCCUCUCCACCGGCUUCAUCUUCUUCUGGUACGAGCAGUUCUGUAGCCUCUUCCACUGCCUCAGGGACCCCGAGCGCAAGGCCGGCUGGGCAGGGGGCAGCUAGGAGGCCCCGGACGGACCCGAUGGGGCCCGGAUUCGCUGACCUCCUCCCUGGGUCUGGAGAGCAGAGCACAGCCCUGCCUCACUGACCUGUCCGUCGUUUGCAGGGCCCCCCACCACAGACACUCUCUCAGGGCUACUGCGGCUUUCUCUCCGUGUCCUCCUCCUCACAACCCUCCCUCCGGCUCGCGGCCCUCGGGCCCAGGGGUGUGAGGACAGUCUCAGUCCUGGCUACCCCGCGUCAGCUGCCGCCCGACGCAGCUGACCGGGGUGGUGGGUUUGUGGGUGGGACGAGGUCUCCGGAGGCCCCCGAAGGAAGGCGGGGAGCGAUGAGAGCAGGAGAGGGAGCGGCCCUGCCCUCUGUCCUUCCUAUUCAAAGCCCUAGCGCUCCCCUCCCAGGGCCCAGCCAGAGUGGGUCAGCGCUCGGGGCCGAGGUGGGCAGUGAGAGGCCCUAGUGGGCCAGGCCGCUCCCUGUAGAAGGGGUUGGCAGACUUGACCUCACCCCCAUCCUGGCCAACCCCCAUGGGCUCAGCUGGCAGGCAGCAGGAGUCACUUGGGCAUACCCUCACACCUUCCCACCCUCUGCUCCCACACUGGUCGGGCCCCCAACCUGAUCCCCUAAGGGGGCUCUCGGCUCUGAAGCUCUGAGCUCCUGCCCUUGAGUGACACCCACCCUGGGCCCCUCAGGAGCCAUCCGGUGGGGCGGGCAUCGGGCCUGGGACUGGGCCCCAUGCCAUGGUAGCGAAGGCAGGGGGUUUGUUUUGGGCAAGCAGAGGGGGCGUCUAGAGGCAGGGUCCCAAGAAAGGACUCCCCGAACAUCAGUGGGGAAGCCGGAGACGGGCCCUUCCCCCGGCUUAUCCCCGUCCCGGGGCCCGCCGCCGCCUCGGGCCACAGCCUCGGGUUCCCCGGGGAUCUGAGCCCACUUUGGUGCAUUAGGAGGGCCAUGUGGGCUUUCAGAUUGCCCAGGCCCCAAAGCUUGGGGCUUCUUUCCUGUGGAGGCUUGCUGCACACAGGCCCGGCCUUCUCCCCCAGUCCCCCAGUGCCAUUUGCACAUGGCUUUCCCACUCGUGUGGCCUCAUUUGUGUCUGUCUCCAUCCCUCCCCCUCUUCCCUGGGGAAUGGGAUCCUGCUGGGUCGGGUCACCGGCAGCAGCCAGGAGGCACCCGUUCCCUGAAGUGGCAGCUACUCCUUCCUCUCUGCCGGGGGGUCGGAGGGGGUCGGCCGAACGGGGGUCAUGAGUGGCCUGCGGAGCCCUGAGCACCCCCGGCCCCCGCAGGGAGGGCAGCGGGAGGAUUUUAUUUUUUAUAGACUCUUGAGGUGUGUGCCCCUCACUCCAUUAAAAUCGGUCGGCCACGCCCA